CGUGUGCCGUGCGCGUGUGUUUGGUGUGUGUAUGUAGGCUAUGUGUGUGUCUGUCCACAGCUAAGCUUGCAUAGCCUGGACUAGUAAAUAUUGGAUUUGUUUUUAUGCAUAGGCCUAUUUAAAUACGCCUAUGCAUAAAGCAUAUGUGCAUAAAGGAUGCUCAUGGUUGCGGUGUCAGGGGCAACACACUCGACAGCAACAGAUAUCCCAGGACUCUGUGCAGGAGAAGAUAGAGCUGAGCGGAGAGGUGGGAAGAGGAGAAGAGACCGAAAAGAUAUGACCAAAAAAACAAGAAGAGAGGGAACCGUGGACCAUGUUAAUAUGAGGACAGAAAAGAAAAGCGGUGGGAUACGAGGGACAAGAAGACGCGCUCAGUUACCAACCAGAACCUCUACUCUCUAGCCACAAUGCCGGAGCGAGUAAACAAUUUCCAGGGUCAAAGCUUUCACAAGCUGAGGCGGGCCUGCUUGCGCCGAGGUGCACUCUUUAAGGAUUCGCUGUUCCCCGCCACCGCCCAGUCCCUCUUCUACAAGAGGAAGCCCCCGCCGGGGCUGACCUGGAAGAGGCCAGGGGAGAUAUGCAAGGACCCCCGUCUGUUUGUUGACGGCAUCAGCACUCGUGACUUGCACCAAGGCAGUCUGGGUAACUGCUGGAUGGUGGCUGCCAUUUCCUGCUUAGCAUCUGAGCCUUCUCUGUGGAAGAAGGUGAUCCCAGACCAUGUGGACCAGGAAUGGAAUCCAAAGCAUCCUGGCCUGUACGCAGGCAUCUUUCAUUUCCGGUUCUGGAGACUCGGCCGUUGGAUGGAUGUUGUUGUGGACGACCGUCUACCGGUCAGCCGGGACGGAGUGCUGCUCUUCUGCCGCUCGGCCACACCACGAGAGUUUUGGAGCGCCCUGUUGGAGAAGGCCUAUGCCAAGCUAAACGGCUGCUACGAGGCCCUGGAGGGAGGAAACACUACAGAGGCACUGAUCGACUUCACUGGCGGAGUUUCGGAGCCACUAAGCCUGGAUCGUGAGGCCCUAAGCCAGCACGGCGACCAGAGGAGGGCGUUCUUCCAGACAUUAGCUUAUGCUCAUGAACGCAAAGCCCUCAUCACCUGCUCCAUACGGCCAGCAGAAGGGGAGACAGUGGAGUCUGUGUUGGACUGUGGCCUGGUGCGAGGACAUGCCUACGGGAUCACAGCAGUGAGGAAGGUGAGGCUGGGGGAGAAGCUGCCCAAGACAGGAUGGAUGUCCCGACUCUUGAUGGUGCGCAUGAGGAACCCAUGGGGGACCACAGACUGGACGGGUUCCUGGAGUCAGGGGUCGCAGCAGUGGCAACAGAUGAGUCGUGCAGAGAGGGAGAAGAUGGGCCUCAUUGUUCGAGACGUCGGGGAGUUCUGGAUGGAUUUCGAGGAUUUCUGUCACUACUUCACUGACGUGGUGGUGUGCUGGCUGGUAGAGAGGGCUCUGCUGUGGCCGAGCUCUCACUGGAGAGAAGUGCGGCGCUAUGGGGAGUGGGCUUUAGCUCCCACUUCCCCGGGAACACCUCCAUCCACCGUCCUCCACAGCAACCACGCACUGAGCUUGCGAAAGAACAGCGCCAAACCUGAAGGGACCAAGCAGCAAGGGAACCGGAAGGAGGCCAGACUUGGGGAGAGUCAGCAGAAGGAAGGGAAAGGAGGAAGGUGUGAGCGAGAUAAGACUGUAAAAAAAGAGACAAAGGAAGAUGAUAGCGGAGAGGUGGGAGGAUGGGAGGCCCAGAUGGAUAAGAGGAGUCGAUGUGGAGGAUGCAUCAACCACAGAGACACUUUCUUGCACAAUCCACAGUUCAUGUUUGAGGUGAGAGGCAAAGAGGAGGAGGUGCUGAUCUGUCUGCAGCAGGAGGACAGGAGGGCACAGAGGAAAGACGGAGGUGGAGAAAACCUGCCUAUAGGGUUUGAGGUGCUUAAGGUGGAGGUGAACCGCUGCAGCCGGGUGCAGUGUGUGGUGGAGCAGGCGGCCAGCUCGGUCUACAUGGACUCCCGCAGUGUGACGCUGAGGGGGACUCUGACUCCGGGGCGCUACGUCAUACUGCCCACCACCUUCCUGCCAGGCGCCACCGGACGCUUCCUCCUACGCCUCUUCUCCCAUUCCCACAUGCAACUCAGGGAAUUGAGGGAGGAUUAUCCAUCUCCCUGUGUCUUCCAGUGUUUCCUACCUCAACCCACUGUGGUGACCACAGUCUACCUCCACAGGGCGUCAGGACUCAGCCAUCCCAAACAGACAGCUCCAGAUGUUUAUGCCAUAGUGCGUUGUGAGAACAACAUCAUAAGGACACAAGUUUUCAAAGUGGAGGGAAAUCCUGAGUUCAACCUCAGAGCCAUCUUCUACAGGAGAUACCCCAGCACACACAUCUCCAUUGAGUUAUGGAGUAGAGGUUGGCUGUGGGACUCCAUUCUGGGCGGGGCUCGACUCCAGACAGCAGAGUCUGAAAAGAGUCGGAGCCAUGUAAUCGAUCUACGAGGCGGCCAAUCCCGUUCAGGAUACGGAGGGUGCGUCUACGUUGAGACGUCCUCCAGCGUCUGCCUCACAGACUUGUGACAGCAUCCUCUGGUUGCCCCGUUAAUUACAUCAACCAUUAAUCCUCUCGGGUGGAGGUUGAUGGACAAACAGAAGUUUUUAUGAACUAUUGAAAAAAACUUCACAAAUAAAGACUGAGUUAACUAGCUAUGGUGCUGGUAUGUAUUGACAAAGUGUAUGCUCUGCAGUGAUCUGCUGGUCAGACAUGCAGGUGCAUCCUUCAUGACUUCAGCAGUCCAUCAAAAAAUAUGUUGAACUGCUGCCAAAAUAAGUGUUUUUGUGUUAUUAUAUUUAAUAUAUUGCCAGUACUGUUGUCAUGUGUGAGUUUUGCUGUCAUAUUUUUAUUUUAUUUUACAAUUAUUUAUGUUGUUAAUAUACUUUAAUGUAACUGUACAAAAUCACAUUUGCAAAACAUUUUCUUAUUAUUAAAGGUCCCAUAUUAUGCUCAUUUUCAGGUUCAUGGAUUUUGGGUUUGUACUAAAACAUGUUUACGUGCUUUAAUGUUCAAAAAACUGUCUGACUGUCAUUCAAUAUUGCUGACUUCAGAUGGUCUCAUGUCUUUACAUGAUUAAACGAGACUAAAACCAGUAGUCAGACAAUGUGCACUAUUGAAGUGCACUCUAGUAAGAGUGAAGGAUUAAACAUAGAUGAAAAUGCAAGUUUUAGGUUUGAACUUGAGAUAUUGUGUUAGUCUGACCUUAAAAUAACUUGUACAAAGAGAAUAAGACAAUAAAAUAGCAUGAAUAUUUACAAAAUGUUUUUCAUAGUUCUACCUUUUUGAUUAUGGAGAUUAUUGAGACUG